UCUCGUUUCACCUCGGGAAUUCCAAGGAGGAUAGAAUUGUUAGUUUCCGCGAUUUUGUUCUUGUUUUGAUCUCUGUUAGUUAAUCUGUUUGAUUUUCUUUAAGUGCACUUCCUCACUUGUCUUUAACCAAGUGGUUUACAACGAUUGUUUUUACUUUGGAGAUAUUCACUAGAGAGAAAACAGGUGUCGUCUUAGUACAUCUGCAAAAUUUUCUUCUCAGUUUGUGAAAUCUCUUGAAAGAAAAUGCAAGACAAAGAAACGGUGGACGAAGCUGAGGAGGCCUUAACAACCAAAGGCGAUUCCAUCAGCAAAACCCCCGACAAAAAAGAAACAGACGCAAGUAAAAAAGAGUCAGCGAAGGAUGGAAAAUUUGCCUUCAAAAAGAUGAAGCAACCAAAGAAGGAGAAAACAGAUAAAAACAAACCAGACAAAAAGAAGUACGAAGGCGAAGGAGUAAUAUUCAAAGCAAAACUCAUCGGUGUGGAAUCUGUAAGCGAUGCAAGAGGCGACAAAAUGUGUCAAGAAGCCACUAAGAGACUUAAACUAAACGUUAAAAACUUGGGACCUCAUAAAAGAAAAAUAAGUGUAGCAGUUUCUUUACAAGGUAUAAAAAUAAAAGAUGAGAAAACAGGGGCUGUGAUGUACCAUCAUCCCGUGUCACUUAUAUCCUUCAUAUCUCAGGAUAUUACAGAUGCAAGAACUUUUGGUUACGUUUUUGGAUCUACUAGUGAACCACACCAAUUCAUAGCAAUCAAAACGGAAAAGCCAGUAAGUAGUAAAACAGAAGAAAUUUCUUCAACUGAAGAAAAGGCAAAUACUGAAAAUGUUGUUUUUGAAGUUUUGAUGACAGAGCCAGCUGAAAUGAUUGAUGAGUCACCUAAAACAGAAGAAAAUUAUGAAACAAUUGAUGAUCUUUUAGGUUUACAGGAUGAAUUAAACCAGCUUCAGAAGGGCAUAGAGCAAAUGGACACUAGCAUUGCAGCUGCAACAGCAUUCAAUUCUGAAGUACCUAUCUUAGAAAAUGAUCCAUUUGAUACAUCGUUUGUGCUAGGCCCUAAAAGGGAUUCGUUUGCGGUACCAAUGCCAACACCUAUUGCUGCUCCAAUACAAGUUGGUGACACUCAGCCUAGUGAUUUUUCUGCCAAUGGGGAUAAAUAUGCAGUUUUCAAUGUCAUUGAUUCAGGUCCAAGCAUCUUCGAAGGAACAAGUCAAGAAAGUGAAGCAGCGGCAGAGAUGCAAAAAUUAGAAGAGGAAAUAGCCAAAAAGUCAGCUCCACCUAAACCUCCUCGACUCAGCAAGACAGACUCAACCGACCUUUCAAUAUUCGCAGAACUAGAUCCAUUGGGUAAAGACAGGCCUUACAAAGACAAGACAGAAUUUUUCCAGGACGUGAAAAAUCCACCCAAAAAGGUUCUCAAUGACCUCGUUGACCCAAAUAGAGAAGCCAGCAAACUUCUAGAUGUGAACUUGUUGAUAUCCUCCCCAGUUCCUUUCCCUGUCGAUUUUGAAAACACACCUCCACCUGUUCUUCCCUCUUCCUCCUUACCCAAUGCCUUACCUUCAAACCUGAAACUUUCCCUAGUUAACAGCAAUGGUGAUAUUAUCACACACAACCCAAAAGUCAGAAGUGAGUCUGAGCCGGUUAACCCAGCCCUCUUCAAUGCUCAUUUAGAAAGACCACUAUCAAACCAGCAACUGAAUGUAAAUUGUACUAAUUUAAAUUAUUCACAAAUGAAUUCAACAUCAUCCAGUUCUCCUAUUCCUAUUCCACCAAGAAUGAACAACGUGGAAAAAGACUUAGCUUUUUCCAACGGCAGUAUGGGCAGUCCUUACUCCAAAAGCCCACAACCGUACGUUUCAGAUUCUCCAAACAAUGCAGAUUAUUUUAAUCAAAAUUAUAACAAUUUUGAAAGCAGCAGCCCAACUGGAUACCGCAACGGAUUACAGCAGACUCAUUUUAUGAAUGGUGAGAAUGGUAAUUCCGUGUUGAUAAAUGGUUUCAGCGUUACAAAACAUAAUAACAUUAACGGUCUUUCCAAUUCAACAAAUAACCACAACGGUGUUUCUCGCCCCAGACCUCGGCCCUCUCUGAACAAAGGUGGGACUGUUCAAAACGGUGGUCGCACAGUUUCGUCUCAUUCUUUGUCAAGCGAUUCUUCGUCGGACUAUGAGAUGAUUAGCAAAGAAAAUAUGCAGUCAAUCACUAGCGUGCUACUUUCAAACGGACAUCGGUUGCGAGCGCAGUCUUUGAACAUUGAAUCCAACCGGGAUUUGAAACUACAAAUGCCUAGUGAGAAAAACAUAUUUGCAAAGAAGAACGAUCCCUUUGCAGAUGAUUUCUUUUUUUCUUUACCAAAGAAAACUAGCCAUUUAACAAAAGCAGAAAUUCCAGAAUAUGUGUAAUAGUGUGCUGUUAUGUUUGUGAUGUUCUUCUGUUUUGAAAAUGGAAAAUUCGGAUGAAGAAGAAUCGCCAUAUGCAACAGUAGUCAAAAGAAAACCAGAAGAAGAUGAACUUGAAAAUAAAACUGGCUAGGGAUCAAAAAAUUGAUAGAAAAUCAGCUUUGUACUUUUUCAUAUUUCCAAGCACAUGUAUAUAGUGAGUCAGAAAAUAUCAAUUGACUUUACUUAAUUUUUGAAUUCUGACAAGAUAUUCAUAUAAAUAUAAAAUUUACCCACUUAUUUAUUGUAAUUUUUGUAUUAAAACACGUCUUAUUUAUGUAAAAGAGAUAAAUUUAUUGCUUCCUGUAGAUUGAAAACUGUUUUAAAUUCGCUUUGUAGGUUAGCUAUUUUUGGAUGAAAUUUUUUUUUUAGCUAUAAUACGUUUAGAAAUUUUCGUGCCUUAUGAAAAAAAAUCUAAAAAAUGACAUAAAUAUUGUUACAAAUAUAUUUUGAAGUUUUGUAUGAAAAUUUUAUUUCAUGUUUUAUGAAUAAAUAUUGUAAACUGUUUUGA